AUUUAUUGCUUUGAUGCGGUGGUAGUGGGACCCUGACAAGGUGAACCAUAAAACCAUGGCGUUGUCGAUGCUGUUAGUUCGGAAUUCUGCGGCGAUUUCCCGUCUUGGGAUGUUGUCUGCACCUUUAAGAUCCGCUGCCUUGUCUUCGAGACUGGCAGCACCGAUGACAACAACAGCACAGGAGGAAAUGGCGAAAUUCUGGGACAAAAAUGCACAGAAGAAGCGGCCGAUGUCGCCCCACCUGACCAUCUACAAGCCCCAGCUGACGGCCAUGCUGUCCAUCACCCACCGCGGGACCGGAGCCGCCAUGGCGGGAUUUGUGUAUGCGUUCUCCGUGGGGAUGCUUGUGGUGAACCCCCUGCUUGGCUGGGACUUCCCAACCAUUUUCAACUUUAUCAAAAGCCUUGAGAUCCACCCCUGGUUGAUCCUAGGAGGGAAGUGGUGUAUGGCCUGGCCCAUCUCCUACCACGCUAUGAACGGCAUCCGACAUCUGAACUGGGACGCCGGCUAUGGGUUCGACAUGAAGGUCCUGUACAGGUCAGGAUGGUUCGUGUUCUUCGGGUCCUUCCUGCUCGCUGAUCUCAUGCUGUACUUCUUGUAAUGGUCCAAGAACAGAAGAUGUUAUAGCACUGUAGAAAAAUUAUGUGAAUAUUAGAGAAGCAAAAAACUGGCACACAUAUACAAUAUUGUGAAGCUUUUGAGUUAUUAUUUGUGCUGACUUGUGUUUAUUGCAUUGUGUUAAGAUAUUUCUGACGGCUCAUUUGUUUUGUUAUAUCACAUCCAAAAGAUAAACGGCUAUAGUAAAUACUAAGUGUACAAGACAAAAUAAACAAGAACAAGUCUGAGUAAUUACAUUUGUAUCUGAAAGAAGUCUUGCUAUAGCCUUAGUACCAUCCUCUGUAGUGACGGCUGGCUCAAUCCUGUUGCUUGCUAACCGUGGCAUUUUUAUAAAUAAAUAAACACAUAUUGUAUUCAU